AUGGAUAUAACUACUCUCUCGUGUUAUGGUGAAGAGUUCUACGUAACAUCGGAUUAUUACUCUAAUAACUCUGAUUUUGAACUUGUAAAUGCUGCUGAACAAUCAUUUGAUGAUCGUGUUCUACUCAACCUAAUAGAAAUUGACGAUGAUGAUCAAGAUGCAAUCUCCAUAAUACCACUACAGAAGAAAAUUUAUCAACGGGUAUGUACACUGAUCAGCAGUGGCUGCAGCAUCACCAGUAGAGGGGUUGCUAGCGCAUUGUUGGGUUCGGUUGCAGCCACGAAAGUUGGUGCAAUUGGAACUGGUGUCGUUACAGGAGCGGCAGUGGCCUCAAUCACUGGUGUGGGAACUGGUGCAGGAGUUGCAUCAGCCAUUUGUGGAGCUGCCAACUUGGCGUCUGGUAUUCUUACAGGCCCAGUUGGCUGGAUCAUUCUUGGUACAUCAGAAGAACCAUUGCCCGGUGUUUACACGUUUGAUUGUUGGAAACAAGUUUUAACAGCAUGGAAAACUGGUAGUGACAGGCCGUCUGUGGUGUCCGUAAAGUCCUUAGAGUUAGAAAAUGUUCAAUGUCAUUUUUGGGUGUUGUCAGAUUCUCAUGUAGACCAUCUUUAUGAUGUUAACAGCGAUCCAAAUAAAGGUUGUCGAAUGAAAUCAAGCAAUUCUGAGUAUGUGGGUACUUAUGGAAAUUAUAACUGCGAUGCACCUGGUAGUUUAUUAAUAUCCGCAAUUACAGCAGCUAGACGUAUUGAUCCAAAUCCAGAUUUUAUUAUUUGGCUCGGGGAUGCGAGCACUCAUAAAACAAGUGAUGAGAAAAUUAUUUAUGCCAUAAAUUUCAAUUUAUCCAGAGAACUUCAUCAUCAAUUUCCAAACAAACUUAUUCUACCUGUUUUAGGUAAUCAUGACAUUGUAUUAUCCACUCCCAAACCUGGUCGAUUUCAAAAGUUUUUCGAUAACGCUAGAUUUGAUUUAUUAAUAAAAGACGAAGAAGCAAGGAAAACAUUUGUAGAAGGUGGUUACUAUUCAAUAUUAUUCUCAACAACAGUUGGUCAUACAUUACGUUUUAUCGUUCUAAACACAAAUCAAUUUCUACCACAUAUGAUGCAAUAUUUUGAGGUAGAUGAUGGAAAAAAGCAAAUGGAUUGGUUCAAUAAAACUAUAGCAGAUGCGGAUAGGAAUAAUGAAAAAGUUUUAUUACUCUUGCACGUGCCACCAGGUAUUAAUGAAGAUCUUCUCUAUCGAUUUCUCGAUUUACACUACGAACAAUUGCUUUUAUCUAUUAUUGAAAAUUAUUCCCAUAGAAUAAUAUUAUGUUUAGCAGGUCAUCGUCAUCAAGAUAUGUUUCGAGUGUACAAAAAUAAAUUCGUAAUACUGGGACAGCCAUCAUUAAGUCCGAUAAAUUCUCUAACUCAUCCAUCAAUUCGACACUUUUCUUAUGAUCGUUAUCAAUUGACAAUUAAUGAUUAUUCUCAAUAUGCAUUAAAUCUUGAUAAUGCAUUUAAGUCAAAUAUCGCUCAUUGGCAAUUAAUGUAUACAUUUUCAUCGUGGUUUAAUACAAAAGCAUCAUCAAUUUCCAUAAAUGUUCUAUCAAAACUAGUUAAAUUAAUCAAAAAUGAUGAUGAAUAUUAUGUGAAAAAAUUUUUAUUAGCUAAAUAUCAUGCACGUCAGAUAAAUGCAUCAUCUCAUUUUUUAUCAGUUCAAAUUUGUGCAUUAACUCAUUUAAGUUUUGAUGAAUUUCUUAUCUGUAUUCAUAAACGAAAACAAAAUUCGAAAAUUAAUUAUCAGAUAAGUUUCUCUUAUUCAAGAGAUAAAAAUGUAUAUCAAGAAUUUGAUAAAGAAAAUAAAUUAAUAAAUAGGUUAUUUCGUUGGUGGUAUAAAAUUUUUUAUACUUAA